AUGUCGCAUUCGUUUACGACCCCUAUGCGAAGGCGCGACGACGACUUGGAAUGGAUUGCGCUUCCGGAAAUUGACACAUGGACCGAAUUCGACGCAAUAGCACGGGGCCAGCAAAGUGAAAGCCUCGAUGAAUCAGACACGCUUUUGUCCAGAUCCACCAGGCCCCCCAUUGAGAAUCGCAAUCCCAGCUCACAUCCUACAACGCCUUUCCAAGAGAACGCAGAGAAUGAAAGCGCAACCAAUAUCGCGGAAGAUCACAUUGAUCGUAUAUCAUCAUCGGAUAAUCGGCGUUUGUCUGAAGGGCGUGUUCUGUUACCGGCCGACCGAGAUUCAUCGUCAUCACGUACGGUGAAAAGUCGAUCUAGUAAUAUUCCGGAAAAUGCGCUUACAACAUGGCUACCGUAUACACUCAGGCCUUCCUUCUUAGGGCCCUUGACUAUACUUUCGCUACUUCUAGCGAUCGUCCUAGUCGUAUUGUGCUGGUACUCUGUCCGAAAUAAGGGACUAGGAAGAGACGAUGGUUCUACUGGUCUUCUUUUUGGAUGGAGAUACGUUCCUACGAUCAUCGCAGUUUUCUUCGUUCAGGCUAUGGUCAUGAUCUUGGAAGACGUCAAAAGAACAGAGCCUUUCGCCCGACUAGCUUGUUCGGACCCUGUUCCAGCCAGGUUUACCCUUCUAUACGUACCUAAAGUCUGGUGGAAGGUGUUUUCGGAGGGGUUCACUAAGAAGAAAAAUGCUGGUCGUAUCAAUUGGAUCCUCAUCGCCUCAUCAUUUUCGGUCGGCCUCAGUCUGCUAGCGAUAUCCCCUCUAUCUUCAUCUCUGUUAGUUGCAGACGAAGUAGUCAUUCAUAGCGGGGUAGAAUUGCAGCGCUAUAUAUUCGAUCAGAGCAAAAAGCUGGACCUAGCGCCUCGUCGGGACACAUAUCUGCAUACCAUUAGCGGAUACCUCUAUAAUACUUCCGCCUCCGAAUGGGUUUCAGACUCCCACAUUGUCUUCCCCUUCAUGCCACCAGAGUCAAUGCAUUCUUCCACCUUACCUCAGCAGGGUGUAUGGACUGCUGAGACCACGAUCAUGCAAUUAGAAUCCAACUGUACACCGAUGUCUAUUGCGGAGAGGACUAGUUUCAACGCUUCUUACCUCUACGGCCUCGAGGAACGGGUGACUUCGCAGGUUCUGCAGAAGAUGACGUCGAAUAAUACAAUGACAUGCUCGGAUGUCCAAAAGCUCAGGGAGCUCGACACCACCCCGAAGAAUAGCUCAAACAGUCGAUAUACUUGGAUCAACUGCACACAAGCCACCGUGAAACAAACUGUUGGCCUUAAGUUACAAUCGGAAGACGGGUGUAUGGUUCAACUUCAAAGUCCAUUUUUGUAUGAAAUCUCUCAGUAUCCAGCCUCUCUGGAAGAGCUUCAAAUGGACUGGAUGACGCGAACCGGAGGAGCACUUUGGACGAAUCUCUCUACAUCCUACGCUACGUGGCGAGAUUUUACGCAGGAGCAUGGCGACCCACCUUUUCUAAGAACUGUGACUGAAUUGCCGAAAACAUAUGACGAGUGGGCGGCCAUUGGUUCUUAUAUCUACGACUUGUCGAAACAGUGCCGCGGCCGAGAUCUCCUUUUCGUGUCAACACCUUGGUACGAUAACUGGCGCAAUUCGACGCAGCUUCGAUUCGCGUCUAACUUCAGUGCGCAAGCAGAGCUCUGCACUCCAACCUAUUACGCAGCAACGAUGCCUGUGACUUUAAAAGCAUCUGGGGGUAAAUCCGAGGUGUCUUUUGAUAGAAACGAGUUCAGGAAUCGUCGCACACCAGUACCAGAGAGCAUUUUCAAUAUAGAUAUGCUCAACUACUUCGCGUUCCGUGAAGCUUGGCAAAGAUAUACAUCGGCUCCAGAGACCGCUGAACUGCAAGGUCUCCGCGGCGCGUCGAGGGUACUCUCGGAGCUCUUUCAAAAAGAUACGUCUAAAGACGAGGCAAGAAAAGACAAAACCGCUAUGCUACAGAAUAGCACGCUGUCAGCCGAAGCUUCUACUCUCCGGAGUCGAUUUUUCGGUGAACUGAUGAUCUCAUCUAUAAUGGAAGAAAAUAGGGUAGGAACUGAAAGGGUCAGUGGGCAGAUGACAAUGGUAGAGCAGCGUAUUGUGGUUAUACCUGGUAUUGCCAUCACUCUAUCUGUUCUUCUCGCAUUGUCAGCUUGUUUCCUUGCUGCUAUGUUGAUCUACGCAUCGACCGACCGUAGACCACUUGGCCUAGAAGUUGACCCGGCAACUACUGUUGGAACGGCAUCACUUUUGAAGAUGCACUCUUCUCUCGCUAUUUCACUGCGAGCUCUGAGAAGUGGCCAAGCGCUAGACAUCUGGAACACUAUUAGAUCGCGCUCAUAUAUUCUACGUGAUCGAGCGCUAAGCGAGCAAUCUGAACAAAACAGGCAACAUAUAGCUACAAAGACUAUUAACAGAACGCGUCCUGACUGGAGACCUAGCAUGCUACACAAAAAAUGGCUUACGACUUACCUAGUCAGUCUUGUGCUGGUUGCGAUAGCUCUACUUGUCCUGCGACAGCUUGCGUCUAAACAGGGCCUGACACAAUCAUUCUUCAUUUAUGAAGUUGACUGGAGCCUGUUCCAUGCAAGCUUUUCUCCUUCUUCAAUUAUCGCCACGUUGAUCGCUGUGAGUAUCAGUCUCUACUGGGGUGGUAUCGACAAACCAAUGCGCACUCUGCAACCAUACCUUGCAAUGUCUAGAGGUUCUUUGCACCUUUCAAAAGGUGUAAAUCUGUCUUAUCAGUCGGUAUACUGGGCCUGGGCGGCUGUCAAGGCUGCAUUUUGCAAGCAUUGGCUCCUAUGUCUUAUUGCCACUGGUACCACCCUGUGUCAAAUUUUGGUAAUUUCCAUGGCCGCUUUAUUCGAAAGCCAGGGUAGUUUCAGAACUGAGAGCGUUUCUAUCAAUCACACAUGGUCAAAUCGACAGCAGCCCUUUCAAUACACGACCAACAUCAUAAGAUCGUUUUAUCUGGAUGAUACAAUCUUGAAGACUACUGGAACUGAUUGGUUAUACACCGCGCUGAAUGAGAUCACCUUGCAGACCGCACCACCAGCUUGGACCAGAGACGGUUGGGCUUUCACGCCAGUGGACAUGCACAAUCUAUCAUCUGUUGACAAGGGGAAAACCACGAAAGAUACGUCGAACAAUAACAUUACCUCGAGCCUUGUCGUAUCAUCCGCCAACGCUUCCUUCAUUACCACAGCUCUAAGAGGUCGCAUUGAAUGCACUCCCGUACGCCUUCCAAAAACGAACUGGACAGGCCGCAUCGAAAACGCACACACCAGUGACCGUAUUGGGAAUCUCACCGGCCUCCUUCUGCCAUCACUAUUUCACCUGAACCAAUUGAACAAUACACCUAUAUUCUCAGCACCAAGGCAAAUGGCUUGCUGUGCUAAUGGGACCAACGGAGGGCAAUCAGUUGUUGCAUACUGGUCCAGUAACAAUUCGUACAUCGAUGAAUGGCAGCCUUAUGGCAGGUGGGUUCGAAACUUUACAACCAAAUGGAUCGUCGGAUCAGGAAAAACAAUAGAAGUUUCUGGGCAGCGUGAUCUGACCACGUCUCCAGAUGUAACCAUGGCGGAUGGCAGCAGGCCUGGUGGCAAUGUCACAUUGCUGUACUAUGAAGAGCAGCCACAGAUACAGAUUAUGAAUUGUGAACCCAUCAUUGAGGUCGCGGAUGCGGAUAUCAUCAUCGAGCGAAGCUCCGGCCAAGUCCUCGAAUCGACAAUAAUCGGAAAUCCAAGACCUGCUCCAGGUGUAUGGGACUCGGAUUACGAUAUGGGAAACAUCACUAACUGCGGAAGAAAAUCGUGUCUGAAAAUUAAUGGAACCGUCAGCUACGGUAUCUAUUUUCUUAGCCAGAUGCUCACAGCUGCACAUAUCAUUCAACCACCUGUUGAUCUGAGCGACAUGAUUUCUGCCAAAUACCUAGAAAACAUCGAGAGCGAGCGGUUCAACGUUCGCGAUCUGGACAACGGCUUGAAUAUGGAUUUUAUGAGCUAUGCGAACUAUGCCCUUGCAAACAAGGACCCAACAGCACUUCUUGACGCCAAAACCCUUCUCAAACACUCUCAGCGUACGUUUCAGACCUUCUUCCAACACUUUGUCACGUCUGCGAAGUGGGGAAGCCAGCGUGCGGCGUAUGAGGAGGUAGAUGCGAGCCAUGCCAUGAAGGUGGACGUGACGCUAUCAACUCGAAUCAAGGUUCUUCGCAUGAACGAGACAGCAACAUGGCUUUCACUCGCAAUCAUCUUCCUUCUCAUCAUCAUUCUCGUCAUCUUGAUGGUCUCUCUGGAACACGUGUAUCCGAGAUCUUCAAUGCAACGCAACGUAGACUGCCUUGCCGAUGUCCUCUUGAUGGUUGCUGGAAGCGACAACUUUGUUUCUCUCGUCCACGGAGAAGGAACCGAGAAUCUAGAAAAGAGUACUGCAAAGACGCGUUUGGGUUGGUUCAAGGACAAUAGAGGUUUAGCGAGAUGGGGUAUUGAGAUCGAAGAUGCAGUCGAAUGGGUUGACAACCCUGGGAAUGAUUUUACAGGCGAGUUGGUGAAGAGCGUAGUGCAGAAUUUAGGAAAAGGUCUUAGAGGGAAUGAUACGGAUUCGACGAGAACAUAG